GGAAAGUGCAAGUCGAACGCCAAGAUGCGGUGGGCAGCGGCCAUCGCCGCCUUGACAUGCAUCGACGCGCUGGCGCCGCGCAUGGCCAUCUCGGGCUGGACGACCUACGCGAAUACAUCGCUCGAUUGCCAUCCCAGUGCGCCAGACACCCGCUGCAUCAGCGCCGCCCUCUACGAGACCAUGGCCGACGAGCUCGUUCAGGAACGCUACGUCGACGCUGGCUACCGCUGGAUCGACAUCAACGACGGCUGGGCGGCCACCACGCGCGACGCAUCAGGCCGAUUGGUCGCAGAUGCCACUCGCUUUCCACGCGGCCUGGCGGGCGUGGUCGCGUCAAUCCAGUCGAAAGGGCUCGACGUGGCAGUGGGCCUCGAGCUUGGUCCAACCACGUGCAAGCACAUGGCGGGGUCCGAAGGCCAUUACCAGCUCGACGUGCAGACAUUGGGCGCCGCCAACGUCACGCGGCUCCGCGUCCACGCGUGCUCGAUUGCAUCGGCGUCCUCCAGCUUUUACUUUCGCCUCUCGACGCUGCAUGCAAUAGCCAAGCGCCAUGUCCCACCGCUGGAGCUCGACUGCGUCUUGGAUCAGUUUCCCGUCAACGCGAGUCUUGUCACGCCGUAUUGCGCAACGCUGACGACCCAGCCGACGCUACCCGACAACUGGGCGGCACUUCAAACCCGUCUUCGCGCGCUUUUGGCGCUGCCACCGGCAGACAUGAUUGCGUAUCACCCUGGCGGCUUGGUCGUUGGCGGCUAUGCGCUGACAGAAGGGCAGAAUCGACUUCAGCUUAGCGUGUGGCUGCUUUUGCAUGCACCGCUUGUCGUCGACAUGGAGCCGUGGGCCCUCUCGAAUACUACGCGCGCGCUGCUGCAACAACCGCUCGUGACGCAGCUGACGCUGGAGGCCACGAUGCCGUCGCUGCCGGAGCUUCUAGGGUCGUUGGCCAACGGCAUUCAAAUCUGGCGACGCGCGAUCGUUUUGCAUGGAAAGGCGAUGACGCUGCUGCUCGCCUUGCGUCUCGACGUGCAAGAGCCGCAGUACACCGUACCGCUGGUCUUUGAACUGAGCGACGUGGUGGGUAAAGCGUGCGACCGCGCGAUUCUCCACCAUGUCUAUGGAGAGAGCCCGUCGGUCUCGAUCAAGUACCGGUUCACGCUGGAGAUUGCACCUCUCAAUGCGUAUCUGGUGCUCUUGGAGCCGACAACACGCUAACAACGUGUUGGCUUACCGUACAGAACAAGGUCCUCCAAGUUUAAUUGUAUUGAGAAAUGGAGCGUCAAUGAAAUUUUUUUGUCCCGUGCG